GCGCAGCUAGCAUUUUCUUCCUAAAUUGUUCUGUGCCUUAAUGCUUAUUUCCCCCCAUGAAGCCUCUUGACAGAAUUAUUCUUUCUCUAUUUACAUAAAUGGAAACAGAAUAGAUGAAAAGCCCUCCUGAUACAGCUUUGCACGGGUCUCAAACUGAUCUACUGCUAAGCAGGACCUGAACCUCUCUGCUUCUCUUCACUUGGCUGAGUUCCUCUCUUGGCCCAGGGUUACUGAUCUUGCAUGGCAUAGGAGGCUUAGGACCCAGGGGGCGCCUUUCAGCUGAAAAACACUGCUGCAGCAAGCUAGCUGGGAAGCUCCCAGUUCUAAAGAGAGGCUGUUUACCAGAAGAGCAUAACAAGGGCAGGUCUGACUGUGAAGCUGGGGCUGGGAGACAGAGCUGCAGCCAAGGGAACCCUGGUUGGAUACUGGUUGUUCGAUCACCUGCAGGAGGACAGAGGCCAUGAUGCUACUGGCCUGGGUACAAACAUUCCUGGUCAGCAACAUGCUCCUAGCAGAAGCCUAUGGAUCUGGCGUCUGCUUUUGGGACAACGGCCACCUGUACCGGGCGGACCAGCCCUCGCCUGCUCCGGGCCUCCGCUGCCUCAACUGGCUGGACGCACAGAGAGACCUGACGUCUGCCCCCGAGUUGGGCGCCGGCAACCACAACUACUGCCGAAACCCUGACCGGGACCCGCGCGGACCCUGGUGCUAUGUCAGUAGCGAGGUUGGCAUCCCCGAGAAGCGGCCUUGCGAGGACUUGCGCUGCCCAGAGACCACUUCCCAGGUCCCUCCAGCCUCCAUGACAGAAACUGAGGCGGCAUCGAAAGUGCCAGGUGAAGAUGAGGUGCAAGUUUUUGCUCCAGCCAACGCCUUGCCCGCCCGGAGUGAGGCGGCAGCUGUGCAGCCAGUGAUUGGGAUCAGCCAGCGGGUGCGGAUGAAUUCCAAGGAGAAAAAGGACCUGGGAACAAUGGGCUAUGUACUGGGCAUUACCAUGAUGGUGAUCAUCAUUGCCAUUGGAGCUGGUAUCAUCUUGGGCUACACCUACAAGAGGGGCAAGGAUUUGAAAGAGCAGCAUGAGCAGAAAGUCUGUGAGAGGGAGAUGCAGCGAAUCACCCUGCCCUUGUCUGCCUUUACCAACCCCACCUGCGAGAUCAUGGAUGAGAAGACUGUGGUGGUCCAUGCCAGCCAGACUCCAGUCGAGAUUCAGGAGGGCAACAUUCCCCUUAUGGACCAGGCCGGCACUCCUGGGGCCUGAGUGCUCCCAGUGGGCAGGAGCCCAUGCCAACACUGGUGCAGGACAGCCCACCCUCCUACAGCUGGGAGGAUCUACACUUUGUGUUGUGGUUAAAACCCUACCCCUUUUUUUUUUCUUUGUGAAUCCUAAUAACUGACAGAAGCACGUGGCGCUGUGGGCUAAGGGCAAGGCUGAGCAGGCUCCAAAUAAUGCUCCUCCACCCCGUGGAGCAGCAUUUUGCUGGUGGAUGGAGAUAGCAGCCGCUCCCACUGUCGUGCUGCUGGCAACGGCUUCUAGACAUUGCUUGUGCUCCUGGAAUUGAACCAGGGACAGGGGAGCUUCUCUGUGCUUUACUAAGAUGGCCUCAGUCUCCAGGAUGGGCUUGAAUGGUAUACACUGUUAUUCAGUUAAGGUCAAGCAGGUCAGGGUUGUGUUGAAAAAAUAUAGUUUUUUAAGUAUCUGGGACAGAAUUUCCUACUGACCUCUGAGAACCAAAAAUGAAUUUGUACAGAA